AAUCGAAUUUUAUUUUGAAUUUAUUCAUUGAAAAUCAAAGUGAAAAAAUAUAAGAAAAACAAUCACGAUAAUGGGAAAUUAUGUUAAUAAGUUUUUUACUCAUAAAACUGAAACUUAUAACAAUGAGAUUGAAAAAGAAGAAAUAAAAGAUUCAUCAGCGAUAGAUGAAGUAACUGUUGAAAAAAAUAUGCAAACUCCACCAAUAAUUCGUAAAACAUUAGUUACGGAUCCUAGAUCUGUAACGAGUGGAAUAAGUAGAACACCAAUUGAGGUGAAUAAUACACCUGUUGGAUUAAAUAAAAAAAUAAUAUCAGCAAUUCCAAAACAUUUACAAAAUAAAUCAUAUUUGGAAACAGAUAUAGAUAAAAUAAUGUUAUGUUUAACUCCUAAAAAACAUUUAGUGCCAAAAUUAAUAGAAGUUCCAAAGCAAAAUAAAAAUGAAGAAAAUUUUUUAACACCAACAAGUAAUAAUUUAAAUAAUAAAAAAAUAAUCACUGAUAUAGAAAAGGAACGUUAUAAUAUUCUAGGACUUGAUCCUAGAUCUCCAGCAGCAGAUUUUGAUAGAACUCCAAUUUUAAUGCCAAAAUCUAUUGAACGUUUAAGAGCAAGAUCUCAAGAAUGUUUGCAUAGACAAGGCAGUUAUGAUACAGAUAUUUUUUAUCCAAAAUUUUCAUAUUGUGAAAUGUCAUCACAAUUUAAUGUUACUGAAGUACAAGUUUUAGCAGAUUUAGACACAUCUGCAGUAAAUUCUUUACAUUCAGUUAUUACUGAUUCUGAUGACAAAUCAAAUGAACCUGAAUCAUCAUAUUCAAAUAAUUCAGUUAAAACUAAUUUUAUUUCAGAAAUUGUAGAAAAAGAACUAGAAGAUCAAAAUGAAGUUCAAAGCAUUUUAGAACAAGAUAAUUGUGAUGAUAAUAAUAUUAAAAAGAAUGUAGAACAAAAAUGUAUUAUUAAUAAUGAUAUAAUUAAAGUAUGGAGGGAUUCAUUAAUAUUGGAUACAUUCGAGGAAUCAGAAUUAAAUGAAUCAGAUAAUGUAGAAACUACAGAAAAAAUGUCACAAAUAAAUAAGGAAGAAGUAAUUAUAACAUUUGACAAUGAUAAUACCAAAGACUUAAUUCCAAAAUUAAUUAAUUCUGAAAAUGAAAAGACAAAAAUAGACACAAUUAAAAAAAAGAAAAAAAUUGUUAAAUCAGAAAUUAAAGUUACAACAGAUGAAAAAAAAUCUUUUAUUGAUAAAAAUGAAAAUGAAUCCAUAAAGAUUCGAACUCCUCUUGGAAAUCGUUCAAAUAAUGAACAAAUACAAACACUGUUAACAAAGUCACCACAACAAGUGUUUAAGAAUAGAAGUAUUGUCUCAAAAAUAUUAAAAGAAAAUACACCACCGCAUAAAAAAUAUUUUGUAAAAUCUAAAUUAAAUGGUGUACAAUGGGAUGCAGAUUCAACUGUUAUUAUUUAAGAUUAUUAAUUUUUAUAAGAAAAGUUUAGACAUAGUUUAUAUCUUUUAUAGAAUUAUUUUUAUAGAAAAUUAAAUAAUUGUAAA